CAAUGGGGGCUUUCUUACACUCCUCUGUAGCUCUCUUCACUCCACCGGCUCUGAAACUGGUCACCAGAAAUGGGUCUUCUCGGAAUCACAGUUCUUGCUCCGAAUUCUCAACUGGGUGCCCUUCUUUUUCUUGUUCUUGCAGACCAUUUAGAGCUCAGAAGCUACCAAUUGGGCCCAGAAGGUCAGUGAUUGUUGGGGCUAAGAAGAAGAACAACAAGGAGAGGAAGAAGGAAGAUAAGCAUAGCUUUGUGUCUAAGCCUGAUGAGGCUACUGGGCAUUUUCCUGAAGCUGUUCUGCUUAGACAGAAGAAAGUUCAGGAAGAUGGUGCAGUUCUCCCUGAGUUUGCCGAUGAAGACGAAGAAAAGAUCUAUGAAUUUCUGAAGCUUCAGCUGCAAGACGAUCUGGAUGAGGAACGACUGCGCCACUAUGAGGUGGUGUAUCUAAUUCAUGAGAAGCAUGCAGAAGAGGUGGGGAGUGUAAAGGAGAAAAUUGAAGCUUUUCUAGGGGAGAAGAGAGCCAGGAUAUGGAGACUGAGUGAUUGGGGAAUGCGAAGACUAGCAUACAAAAUACAAAAAGCCAAGAAUGCCUACUACGUUCUGAUGAACUUUGAGAUUGAUGCCAAAUGGAUAAAUGAUUUCAAGAGUCUGUUGGACAAGGAUGAAAGAGUCAUUCGGCAUCUGGUGAUGAAGAGGGAUGAGGCUAUCACAGAGGAUUGUCCUCCUCCUUCUGAGUUUCAGUCCAUGAAUGCCGGUACAGAUUCUGAAGAGGAAGAUGAGGAUGAUAUUGAAUAUGAUGAUGAAGAUUACGAUGAUGAAGAUGGGAUUAUCAUUGUUGAUGCUGAUAAUGAUGAUGUAGAAAAUAGUAAACUAGUAGAGCAACUAGUGUAGGAAUAUUAGUGAGAUGUGAAAACUAAUGACAGAGAAGUAAGUGAGAAACUAGAGAAUUUUGAGUAUUGGUUUUUGUAUAAAUAUGUUAAAUCCCAUAGAUGUUUUUCCCAGUAAUAUAUGCCAUUCCUAGUACCCCUGUUUGGGUU